AAAUCUCGUUCAUUCAAAUCGGCCUGGUUGUCAUUUCACAUUUACGAUAAUGAAGUCUUGUGCUUUACUUCUGUGUAUUUUAAAAACAUUUUCAACUUGAUGCUUACGUAAUAGUAAUUUCAAAAUUUUGAAAAUUAAAAAUAUGGAUACCAUUAGCUUUGCUCUGAGUAUAUGUGCUUUUCUUCUUACAGGCUACAUGUGCCUGCCUAGGGAAGAAAGAUUAAUAUUUAAAUCAAACGAUGAUUUCAACUGUACCGAGACGCUGAACUGUACGGACAUAUACCAACCAGUGUGUGGUUCUGAUGGUGUAACGUACGAGAGUAUGUGCCACCUGAAGCAGGAAUACCAACGAAAUGUGUGCGAGCUAGGCAAUUUCAACCCAAUUGCUUUUGUUAGUAACGGAAAUUGCACAGAUGGUGAAAAUGACGAUCUACAUGUUAAGAGCGAUUACUGAUACCGGAAAUGACGCCAACGUCUUUACCAACCAUUCAUAUAGUGUCAUCUGCUAAUAUUUGAAAACAACAACUUAGUUCUUGAAAAAAAAUGUUAAAAUGAAUCGCGAAAUACUGGAAUCAUUAUUAAUAAUAGAAAAGAUGGGUGGAAUCUUAUGUCAACUUUAUUUCGUCUGCUUUGAAAUGGGCUAGGACUUUUAAAGCGAAAAAGAUGUUCGAAACGGUGUGGACU